CUCCUACGACCUGGCGUCCACAUACGUGGACAUCACAUUUUUAGUUGUGUGCGCCAUAAAACCUAAUUCUGUGUAAUUGGAACCUGUUGUACACAAACAUGGACACUUACACUGCCAUCUGGUGGGGUCAGAAGAGAAAAACACUUUACACAGAAAUUCCAAGAUGGCGGCGAACACAUCCGAAAAGUCAGGCAGCCGCACCAGACCAAAACGUCCACAAGGGCAUAUUCCUUUCAAAGGCACUGGAAAUAGUAUUGGAGUCAAUUGCUGGGGACAACUCAGAGGUAGAGGACUUGUCUGACAUUGACAACCCUGUAGAGGAUGUUGAUUACCAUCCUCCACAACAGGAGCCAAGCAGCAGUGAGGAGGAGAGUAGUGGGGAUGAAGAUCCCACUCCACAGUCCACUAAGGCCAGCCGGGGACGUAAACGUCUCCGUGGUGUAACUUAUGCUUAUCGUUCAGACCUUAGCAUUGCCAAAAAGUGGACGCUUUGGAUGCUCAUGCACUUCACAAAUGUUGCUUUAGCCAACAGCUGGCUACUGUACCGCCAAGAUCACACAGUACGUGGCACGCCAAGAAAGGGCAUCAUGCAAUUUCUUGAAUUCCGAAUGGAAGUGGCUAAGACAUACUUGGCCCAGCAUAACAAUGAACAGGAAGACAGUACAGACCUCUCAGAACAGGAAAACAACACAGACCAUUCAGAGCCAGAGAAAAAGCGCACUGUGAAGGAAGUGCCCCACAUCUCAGUCCGCAGAAGGGCUAAUGCACAUCUUCCAUAG